AUGGACCCCACAGUGCACUACGUGGCCAUCAUGAGCAGCCUGCUCUCCUUGCUGCUGGCCCUGGGCUGCUGGGCCUGUGGCUUCCUGCCCAUCGUGGCACCCACUGCCCUCGUCAGCAGCCUGUCCUUUUGCGGUCCCCGUGCCAUCAACCACUUCUGUGACAUCGCGCCCUGGAUCGCCCUGGCCUGCACCAGCACACAAGCCGUGGAGAUCGUGGCCUUCGUGAUCGCCUGUGUGGUCAUCCUGAGUUCAUGCCUCAUCUCCCUGGUCUCCUACGUCUACAUCAUCAGCACCAUCCUCAGGAUCCCCUCGGCCAGUGGCCGGAGCAAGGCCUUCUCCACGUGUUCCUCCCACCUCACUGUGGUCCUCCUGUGGUACAGGUCCACCAUCUUCCUGCAUGUGCGAACCUCCAUCAAGAACGCCCUGGACCUGAGCAAGGCCAUCCACAUCCUGAACACCGUGGUGACCCCCGUUCUCAACCCCUUCAUCUACAUGCUCCGGAACAAGGAGGUGAGGGAGAGUCUGCUGAGAAAGUGGAAAGGAGGUAAACUCCCUACGGUGUGAUGGGGAGGUGUGCUGUGUGCCGGCCCCCAGACUGCAGGGCUCUCCAUUCCUGCAGCAUGGCAGGUGUUCUGAUCAUGGCUCCAAGUGCACCACAGAGUGACAGGGAUGCUUCUUUGGUUCCAGCGGGGAGAAAACAAAGGGGAAACACCUGGAAGACAAAAUCAG